AUGAAUCCCUUGGCUCGGUCUUUUACACGUUUCAAUUCCUUACCUUCAAUCACUGUACGAUUCAAUUUAAUUCGCACUAUGGCGACAAUCAAUCCCCCGCGGGAUCCGAAUACCGUCAGUAAUUACAACAAUUGGCGUUCAACCCAUAUCACUGCCAAUUUCGAUAUCUUGUUCGACCAGAAGAAGCUGGUGGGAAACGUCAUCCAUCAGUUCAAGUCGAUCACCGAUGGCGAGUCCCGAGAGAUCAUCCUCGAUACUAGCCAUCUGGAGAUUGGCACUGUAAAGGUGGAUGGCCAGCCAUCCAAGUGGGAGCUUCUCCCGCCUCUGGAGCCCUAUGGGGUGCCAUUGAAGAUCACCCUUGAUAAAGCUAUCAAGUUAAACGGUACUGUGGAGGUGGAUAUUGCGGUGAAAACCACCGAGAAAUGCACCGCCUUGCAGUGGCUGACGCCUGCGCAAACUUCGAAUAAGAAGCACCCAUACAUGUUCUCGCAAUGCCAGGCAAUCCACGCGCGGUCUAUCUUCCCCUGCCAGGAUACGCCGGAUGUCAAGAGUACAUUCGACUUCAAUAUUACUUCCCCGCUCCCGGUCAUGACUAGCGGCCUGCCUAUUCGCAAGGCUUCGAUGGAGUCGAAGGCGGACCACCAGCUGUAUCGAUUCCAUCAAUCGGUGCCAAUCCCCAGUUAUCUCUUUGCGAUCGCUAGCGGUGAUGUUGCGGAGGCUUCGAUUGGACCCCGCAGUGUUGUUGCAACCAGCCCCGACAAGUUGGAGGAGUGCAAAUGGGAGCUUGAGUCUGAUACCGAGACCUUCAUCACGACCAUCGAGAAAAUUGUUUACCCUUAUGCCUGGGGUGAGUACAACGUUUUGAUCUUGCCGCCAAGUUUCCCGUAUGGCGGCAUGGAGAACCCGAUCUUCACCUUUGCAACCCCGAGCAUCAUCUCGAAGGAUCGUGAGAAUAUUGAUGUAAUUGCACAUGAGUUGGCUCACAGCUGGAGCGGUAACCUGGUCACCAAUGCUUCAUGGGAGCAUUUCUGGUUGAAUGAGGGCUGGACUGUUUACCUCGAGAGGAGGAUCUUGGCUGCUAUCCAUGGAGAAGCCUAUCGCCACUUUUCGGCCAUUAUUGGUUGGAAGGCUCUGACCGACGCUGUCGAGCAUUUUGGCGAUGAUCAUGAGUUCACUAAGCUUAUCGUUGAUCUGAAGGGCAAGGACCCCGACGAUGCCUUCUCCAGUAUUCCCUAUGAGAAAGGAUUCAACUUUUUAUUCCACCUUGAGAACCUUGUUGGAAAGGAAAAGUUUGACAAAUUCAUCCCUCACUACUUUACCACCUUCAAGUGCAAAUCCCUUGACUCAUAUGAGUUCAAAGCAUUGAUUCUAGACUUCUUCAAGUCGGACGCCGAGGCUUCCCGGCUGUUGGAGGAACUGGAUUGGGACAAGUGGUUCUAUGCACCAGGUCUGCCACCCAAGCCAAGCUUUGACACAUCUUUGGUAGAUGUUGUCUAUGAACUUUCCAAGAAAUGGCAGUCACUGCCCAGUUCUUCCUUCAAACCUCAAAUCGGCGAUAUCCAGGGUUUGACGGCCAACCAGUUGGUAGUCUUCCUGGAGCAGAUGCUCUUGCUCGAGAAGCCUCUUCGCCCGGAGGUCUCGAAGCUAAUGGGCGAGGUUUACGGGUUUACCAAAAGCGAGAAUAUCGAGGUUUCGAAUCUUUAUCUCCAGGUUGGCAUGAAAGCGGGAGACGACAGCGUCAUUGAGCCAACAACUGAGCUGCUGGGCCGCAUUGGACGGAUGAAGUUUGUGCGACCUUUCCUCUCGUUCUUUUCUCUCAGGUUCCGCAACCUUCAGAAAAUCAACCGCCCUGUCGCACUCGCAACAUUCGAGAAGUAUAAGGACUUCUACCACCCUAUCUGCCGAGGCAUGGUGGAGAAGGACCUCUUUGGAAAGAAAGAUGACUAG